UGUGAAUUGGACUGCUGCUUUAACGUGUCAUCUGUCAUGUGUGAUGUGUAUAGUGCCCUAGAGACGUAACAAAAUCAAUGUCUUUUAAUUAAUUUUAGACUAAUUUUAAUUUAGACAACAACUUUUACUUAUUUUACCCAGAAUUCAAUUCAGUUUUCUAAAAUUAUUCUAUUUUAUAGAAGCGUUACAAUAUUCAGUCUGUUACACUUCCUCGUGUUUUAAUAAACGCAAUAUGGCGAAAGUGGAUCAUAAAAUAAUAAAGAUUGUAAAAAUAACAAAGACAGAUGGUAAAUAUUUGCAGGUAACAGGUCGCUUGAAAUUUUUUUGUCAACAACACUGAUUUUAAAUACUCAAUCAACAAUAACAGCGUUAUUCGAUCGAGAAUAAAAAAAAUUUACAUAACUUAAAGGGUAGCAGGCAAUUAACAAGAAGAGGCCAGGUCCGAUUGUUUGAAUUUGCGGGACAUUAAUGUCUGUGACUCUUAUGACCGAGUUUGUUUUUGGAGCAAUGAUUCUCUCCCUUCACAGAGUAUGGCCAUGCAAGCCAUUAAUUUACCGCGACAGCGUUGCAAAGUCUGUUCUAACGUUAUAAUUAACAAUGACAAUAAGAUUAGCGAAUCCGCAACAUGUCUUAGUCGCUAUGAAUUUUUUGAAACAAUACAACAAAGCGAAUCAACAGGCUACAAAGUUGACAGCUGUUCAUCAUGUCAACCAUUAUCAUCGUCAAGUUCUGAUCCACCAACACCUCCACCAAGACAAAGUUCUUCACACAAUGGUACAAGAUCUAGAGAUUCAAAUAAUAUUGUAGUUAACGAGGAAAACUCCAGUUUUAUUUCUUUCACUGGCAUUGAAAAUUAUAAAAAUUCAUCUAUUAAAUAUAAAAAGAAAUCACGAUGUUUAUCUUCAUCUGAUAUUUCAACUCUUGAUAAUUUAAAUAAUUGUGCAAGAAGGUCACCAUCGUUGCCUAUACUCGUAACACGCUGGACUUGUAUACGUUGUUUGCAAGAUAAUUGUUGCAGUGCUAUGUCAAUUUGUACAGCAUGUGGUGCAAGUUCCUCAAUAGCUCAUAUAAAUGGUAAUUUGAUUGGUGUUAGGCGUGGAAAAAAAUUGAAAGUAUUGAAAUCUACAAAUAAGCAUGACAUUAUAAAGGUCGAUUUAGUCACAACAGUUGUAUCAGGGAUUAUCGAGUGUAUUUUCAAUGUUGAUUUUUUGAAUCUCGGCUCAUCGGCUGUACUAGAUAGAGACGAGGGAAUGGCACGCUUAAGUAAUUUGAGUAGAAAACAAAGCGCUCAGUCAAAUCAUAAUGACUGGACGCUAUCAAUGACAGACAAACUUGAUCCAGCAUUGCCGUCAUAUGGUGAUACGCCAUCAUUAACAGUAGCAUCUCAGCGUUCACCAAAACGUCAAAGUCCAUCUGUUUACGAACGUGUCAAGUCAAAAGUUAGUAGAUCAUUGUCAAAUGGUUCGGUUAUACCAAAAAUUAGCGAGCAUGGCACGCAACGACCAACGAGUCUCAUUGUUGCCGAGUCACUUCCAAAUACUGACGAUAUAUCGUGGAGUUGUGACAAUUGUACUCUUGAUAAUUCAUCAGAUUCGGAAAACUGCCAUUCAUGUCAAACACAAAGAGGUUCAUUACCAUGCGAUGGUGUUGUUAUCAGUGUCCCCACGUGGGAACUACGAUCACUAGCACCAGCUGGGCCAUUACCAUAUCGCCGCUCAUUCUCAGAGGUUGACGCUACACUUGUCCACUCAACACAAAAAAAAUCAUUAAAUCGCCGAAGUUUGAUUGACAAUGAACCGUCACCACCAGCAGUACCACCACAUUCAGUUGCAUUUAAUUCAAAACCUAAAUACUCAUAUAUUGGCAUAGCUGACCCUGUCAUUCCACCGCCGUUACCAAAGAAGCAAAAUAACAAACCAAGAGCACGCAGUGAAUUAACAAGUCCUGUGGAAUCAUCAAGUGUCAAUUGUAACUCAUCACUGAAACGCAUGUGGACAUGUAGAAAAUGUUCAUAUGCUUAUAAUCCAGUUUGGUCGUCUGUCUGUGAUAUUUGCAAUUCAUCAAGAACACCUGCAUCAUUAUUACAACCGAAUUUAAUAACCGUUACAAAAGAUGAUCAAGUAAAUAGUCAAACGCAACAGAUACCAUCGACGAUUGUUGUGUCGCGUGACAGUGUCAGAUAUAUUCCAUUAAAAACCAUGCCUACAACAUCUGGUGGUAAUGGCAGAGAUUACAAUGAUAACAUUGCCAUCAUAUCAUCGUGGACUUGCAAGAAAUGUACAUUACUCAAUACAGCUACGAAAAUGACGUGUGAAGCAUGUGGUGGAUCAAAACUAAGGAGUAUUAGCGAUUUAGCUGAUCCAACAUUGCGGAAAGGUGAGAGUUGGGUUUGUCCGUCAUGUACGCUACGCAACCCACUGACAUCACAAAGUUGCAAAGCUUGUAAGACACUCGCUGAUUUUAUGGAGGUGCCAACUGAUGAUAAUCGUGCCAUUUUCGGACAGCGAAGUCCAAGCCCCAGAUUGUCAUCAAGCGGCGUGUUACCGAAUAGUAUUAAAAUGUCAACACCAAGACAAAGUCGAAAUUUAAUCAAACGAAAUGGUGUCAAUUCUGUUGACAAGAAAACUUCAAAGUGUAAUGAACCAGCUUUUACACAGUGGCAAUGCAAAUUAUGUACUUUUGAGAAUAAAAGUGGAAAUGGAAUAUGUGAGAUGUGCCAAAGUUCAAAAAUUCUAUCUUGUGAUGGAGCAAGACUUAAUGAAUUUGGUAUAAAUCCGCUAAGAAUACAACGACAAGAAAGUGUCGUUAUGGAGAAUUUACGGCACAGUGAAGAAAGAGAGGCUUUGGAAAAAUGGGAGAGAAUUGUUCGUUACUGCAAAGAAACAAACGAACCGUUUGUCGAUGAUUCUUUUCCACCAGCUCCAAAAUCUCUGUACUACAAUCCAGCUGAUACAAAAGAUAAUCACGUAGUGCAAUGGAAAAGACCACACCAAAUAAAUGUUGAUUCAAAUGUUGAUUCGAAAUUGCCAUGGGCUGUUUUUAGAACUCCACUACCGUCAGAUAUAUCUCAAGGUGUUUUGGGUAAUUGCUGGUUGCUAUCGGCUCUUGCUGUACUUGCUGAGAGUGAUGAACUUGUUAAACGUGUAUUGGUAAUGCGUGAAACAUGUCCUGAGGGUGCUUAUCAAGUUAGAUUGUGCAAGGAUGGCAAAUGGACAACUGUACUUGUUGAUGACUUAUUGCCUUGUGACAAAAGAGGCCAUUUGGUGUAUUCACAGGCAAAAAGAAAACAACUCUGGGUGCCACUUAUUGAAAAAGCAGUUGCGAAAAUACAUGGACGUUAUGAGGCGUUGGUAUCAGGACGCGCAAUUGAAGGUCUUGCAACUCUAACUGGCGCACCAUGUGAAAGUGUACCACUGCAACCAUCAGCAUUGCCGAGCGAAGACGAACUCGAUAAAGAUUUAAUUUGGGCGCAACUACUAUCAUCUCGUCAAGCAAUGUUUUUGAUGGGCGCAAGUUGUGGUGGUGGUAAUAUGAAAGUUGAUGAAGAAGAAUAUCAACGAAAAGGAUUACGACCAAGACACGCAUACUCGGUUCUUGAUGUGCGAGAUGUUCAGGGAAUAAGAUUACUAAGAUUAAGAAAUCCAUGGGGCCAUUAUAGUUGGAAAGGAGAUUGGUCAGAUGACAGCCCUAUAUGGACACUGCAGUUACGAGAAAUGCUGAUGCCACAUGGUGCUUCAGACGGUGUCUUUUGGAUAUCUUUCGAUGAAGUUCUCAAGUACUUUGAUUGCAUUGACAUAUGUAAAACUCGAGUAGGCUGGAGUGAAGUUAGACUACGGGGAACUUUGCCCCCAUUGUCAUCCUUAAGGCAUUUGUCAUGUGUCUUGCUAACUGUUCUUGAACCGACUGAAACAGAAUUCACAUUGUUUCAAGAAGGCCAAAGAAAUUCGGAAAAAUCACAACGUUCUCAGCUAGAUCUAUGCGUUGUUGUUUUUCGUACAAGAUCUCCAGCUGCACCUGAAGUUGGGCGCCUUGUUGAACACAGCAAGCGUCAAGUCCGGGGCUUUGUUGGUUGUCACAAAAUGCUUGAAAGAGAUUUGUACAUUGUUGUAUGUCUUGCAUUUAAUCAUUGGCAUACUGGAAUGGAAGAUACGUCAAGUUAUCCAGAGUAUGUAUUGGCAAUUCACAGUUCAAAGAGGCUGCUAGUUGAACAAAUAUCGCCACCAGCAUUUGUACUUGCUGAUGCCAUUAUUAGCUUAACAUUAGCAAAAGGACAAAGACACGAAGGUCGAGAGGGUAUGACUGCGUAUUACUUGACCAAGGGAUGGGCUGGCUUAGUUGUAAUGGUAGAAAAUCGUCACGUCAACAAAUGGAUACACGUGAAAUGUGAUUGUCAUGAAAGCUACAAUGUUGUCUCAACAAGAGGACAACUAAGGACCGCUGACAGUGUUCCACCUCUGCAUCGACAAGUUAUCAUUGUGUUGACACAAUUAGAAGGUAGCGGUGGUUUUUCGAUUGCCCAUCGACUCACUCAUCGUCUAGCUAACAGCGGAAAUUUACACGAUUGGGGCCCAUCGGAUACUCAACAUUAUCCACUAAUCGAUACUCAAGUUGAGGGUUUGCAUAGCCCACGAUUAAUUACUUAAUUGAAAGAAUGGAAAAAUUAGAAUUUCUUAAUCAACUGUCAAAAAUAAAUCAAAUUACAGUAAGGUUGUAACUAGAAAAAUUUUUUUUUUAGUUAAUUAAAACAAUCUAUGAGAACUUUCAGCCAUCAAAACAUAGUUAAGUAUGAAAAGCACUGAAAAAAUUGCUUAAAUACACUAACAAACUAAUAUAUAUAUAAAUUAAAAAAAAAUAUCGAUGGAUAAAUAAAUCACUUGAAGAAACGAAACAAAAAAAAUAUCUUCUAUAAAUUGAAACAGAAAAUCGAUAAAUCUAACAAACUUGCAAUGUAAAAAAAAAAAAAUGCAAUUAUUUUCUCAACGUAAUAUUUAAGUAGCAAUCGAAUGAACGACGACGAAAAGAAGUAAGAAAUGUAUUGCGACAUGGAUGUUCAAUAUUUGAAAGCAAAUUUUUAUAAUGUAGCAUUUUUUUUCUUUCUUUUUUCUUCGAAAAUCGAUUUUUUUCCGCUGAAUCUUAUUCAAUUAAUUUUUUUUUGGUUUAAAUUUUAACUGAAUCUUGUAAACAGUUCACAAUGGUAGUUUGCUUAAAAAUUUAUUAUUCGAUCAAUAAUUCUCUUUAAUGUGCUACUACAAUACACCAAAGAUAUUUUUUUCACAAUACUUGAUAGUGUACCGUUUUGUUAGUCUACAUUACUAAUAUGCAAAUUCAAAGUUAUUAACUAUGGAAACAUAACCAUAUUAUUUAUUAUACAACAAUCAAAUUGUUCAUGCAUUAAAAUUUUUUUAUUUAUCAAGUUUUUAAGCAUUUUGUACUUCAAUUAGUAUGAAUUUUGAAGAAUAUACAAUAUUGAAAAUGAUUAUCGACCUUUAUAUUUUAAAAAAAUAUCUCAAAAACAGAAGGACUGAAAAAAAACGAUACGCCAGCUAAUUUAUUGCUUUUAACACAUGACUUCCAAUAAUAUUGAGCAAUUUUUAAGUUUAGAUAGAAAAUGCUAAUUUCCUCACUUGAUUGUCAUUGUUUAUUACGGAUACAUGUUUUUGGUGUUAAUUGCAUAAUCGAAAAUGUAUCGAUACGAUAAUACUUGAUAAUUGUGUUCAACGUUUUUCUAUUUUUUCCAUUUGGAAACGUUUUGGUACUGAGAUGAAAAUUUUCUUUAAACUGAUCAAGAAUUAAAGAAGUAAUUCUCGCAGAAUGUGGUAUAGAUGUUAAUAUAAUAUAACGUAGAUAUGAUUUAAAAAAUUCAUUUAUAUAAUAAAUUGCUACUUAUAAGCUAUAAUUAGAUAUAAGAAAAAUAAGUCCACUCGGGAUCAUCGAGAGGAGCUAUGAGCUCAAAAAAUUGUAUGCUGCAAUAUACUGUAUUAAAACAGAUGUUAAAGAAUAA